CUAAAACAUUAACCAAUAAGAAAAUUGUUUUAAAAAACAAAACAUGUAUUAUGCAUUCACAAUAAUACAAAUAUAGAUUUUUUUUGUUUAAAUAAAUGUGACAGGCGUGUUUGCAGGGACGAGUUUUGCGGGUGAGUGCGGCGGCUCGCUGGUACCAUGUCGGUGGAGCCGGUGAAGUUCGGGCGCAAGCGACCGGUUCCGAAGUCUCCAAACCCGCUCUUCCUCAAGUGGCUGACCGAGCUGAGAGACGUGGCCGCGGAGAAGGGAACCAAAAUGCAGUUUGUCUACCAAAAGGCGAUCAGCUCCCUGAACAAGUACCCUCUUCCGCUGAAGAACGGGAAGGAGGCAAAGAUCCUGCAGAAUUUUGGGGACGGCAUCUGCAAAAUCCUGGAUGACAAGCUGGCCCAGUACUACGCAGAGAACGGUCCGGACGCCCCGAUUCAUUCCAUGAACGAGGGGGACCCCCCCAAGCUGAGGAGGAGCAAGACCCCCCCGGGGGCCACCAGGGGCCCCCUGUCCCCCGAGGGCCAGCCAGAGCCGGCUCCCUGCAAGAGGGUUGGCUUUAAAAAGACCCGUGACUACGUCCCUCAGAAGCGAUCCGGGGGCUACGCAGUGCUGGUGACUCUGUACCGAGACCACCAGAGAGCUGGCAGCCGCGGGUUUAUGACCAAGGCAGAGUUGCAGCGUGAAGCCCAGCCGCUGUGUGACAAGUCCUUCACCGUGUCAGAUCCUGGCAGUAAGUACACGGCCUGGUCGUCUGUCAGCACUCUCAUUCAGAAGGAUCUGCUCCUCAAAACCAACAGCCCCGCAAGGUACUCCCUGACUGAGAAGGGACUGGAGCUGGCGGAGAAGCUGGAGGAGAGAGGGGCUGAGCAGGGACAGCCGGGGGGGGCUCCAGCCUCACUCCCUGGGGUCCCGGAGAACAAGGGGGGAGAGAUACUGGACCUCACAGAGGGGGAGGAGGAGGAGCCACCAGAAGACAAGGGCAAAGGCGGGCCCGUCCCGGUGGACGAAGCCAGAGGAGACUGGAGGAGGGGCGAGGGCGGCUGGGGCUCUGGUUCGGGGAACGGCCCGGAUGCAGCCGGUUCGAAGGCCUCGAGCGAGAGACCGCCUCCUGCCUACCGACACGUCCCCGGUUUCGUUCUGAGCCCCGGCACGUUCGACAUCGUGCUGUGUGUGGAUUUCAUCGAAACCACAGGGGGCUCCAGCGGUAGGAAGCAAGAGCUGGUGACGGAGCUGAGGAAGAACGGAGUGGACUUCGACGUCAGGAAACUCAACGUGGGAGACUUCCUGUGGACCGCGCGAGAGCGGGUCCGCUAUAUCCCAGGUCAGCUUCGUGCCCCCCAGGCCAGAGAGCUGGUGCUGGAUUACAUCGUGGAACGCAAGAGGAUGGACGACCUCUGCGGCAGCAUCAUCGACGGGCGCUUCCGUGAGCAGAAGUUCCGUCUGAAGCGCUGUGGUCUGAAGAAGCCGAUCUACCUGGUGGAGGAUUACGGAUCCGCACAGCACCUCAGUAUCCCAGAGAGCACCCUGCUGCAGGCUGUGGUGAACACACAGGUCGUUGACGGCUUCUUCAUCAAACGCACCAGAGAUGUGAGAGAGUCAGCUGCCUACCUGACUGUCAUGACCAGAUACCUGCAGAGCAUGUUCAUGAACAAGACCCUGCUGAGCUGCACCAAGGAGGAGGAGCCUCUGUGUGACCGCGCCUCCAGCCCCGCCUCCAGCUCCUGCAUCCUCAUGAGCUUCGGGGAGUUCAACGAGGGAGCUGUGAAGAACAAGGCUCAGACGGUCAGGGAGCUCCUCGCUCGCCAGCUCAUGCAGAUCAGCGGGAUCUCGGGAGACAAAGCAGCCGCCAUCCUGGGCAAAUACAGCACCCUGACCAGCCUUCUGCAAGCUUAUGAAGAGUGCCCCACAGUAGAAGCCAGAGAGAAACUGCUGUCUGGAAUCAAAUACGGGAAACUGCAGAGGAAUAUUGGGCCGGCUCUCAGUAAGACAGUCUGCCAGCUGUACUGCACUGUGGGAGCGCUGCACUAGAACCCGUGGCUUUGAACAGAACGUGGGGAGAGAGGGAGAGAGGGGAGAGAGGGGCGGCCACUGCUGAGAGCCUACUCUCUCGCAGAAUCGCACCCUAAAGAAAAAUAACACAGACCUAUGGCAAAAAUCAAGGUAGCGCAUUGCUGUUUAAGAUCACAACUUUUGUACAUUAAAAAAUAUAUAUAUCUAUGUUUGUUGGUGUUGGAAAAAUAAUAAUGUUUUAAAGAAAUAAACUUUUUUCUAGUA